AAAUUUUCAAAUUCCCGAACAACAUCGCAAUUGGUAAAACAAAUUUUCGAAUUUAUGAGGCUGCACAUGAGUAGGUGUUGGUGCCGAGCUGCCGCUGGCAGGCCGUAAUUUUGCAAUUAUCCCUUUUGAAAUUCUUUUGUACAACAAUAAAACAACUUGAACUUUGUGAAUUCAUUCUGUAGUUUCUCUGACAAACGUAACCCGGAGUUGGAGCUAAUAUACCGAAGUAAAAUUCACACGACGAAGUAGAGCAGAAGCCAUCGCAUCAAUAAAAUACAACACGACGAACACAAUUUUCCUGGCUUCAACAAACUUUGUUUUUGCAAAACAAAAUAAAGUCAAAGUGUGUGAAAAAAUCGCGUUCUUUGCUUCCUAAAAUUUCGUACUAAACAAGAAAGCAAACAGGAAAAACUAAAGCACAUCACCAGUCCAGAAAGAUGUCAACGAAGGUUUGGAUUCCUCACCCCGAGGAGGGGUACGCAGAGGCCAAGGCCACGGGGCAAGUGCAGGAGAAGAAAGACAUCAAGGGCGUGACGAAGCUGACCAUAUCAAAUGUAAAAAUGUCUGGGUCUGGAAAAAUGCAGAGGUUUGUGAUGCAGCUUUGGCAUGACCCAGAAGGUCUACCAUGCACGCCCUAGCAUGACAGGUUUUGAGAAGGUCUCCUAAUGCGUCAUCCGCAUGACAAAGCCCUUCUUUCGGUGGCCGGAAAUGUGCACCUUUUGGCUUACAUGCAUGACAGAUUUUUGUGUGAUGUGAAAUGCGCAUCACAAGUUGCAUCUUUCCAGACCCAGACAUUUUUAGAUUUGAUAGACCAUGUACAAGACCGACUCGGGGGAAAUCGGGUUGACCCCCGACCAGUUGAAGGAGGUAGCGGACGUGGAGGACGACCAUUACGCCGCAUUGAACGACGUGACCACGAUCCGGAACGUGACCAACGCCGCCGUGCUGCAGACGCUGAAGGACCGCUACGCGAAGAACAAGAUGUACACCUUCGUCGACACCAUCAUUGUGUCCUGCAACCCGUUCCAGCGGCUAAACCUCGAAACCGCGGAGAACAUUGACAAGUUUGCAAAGGGGUCCGACCCGCACGACUACGACCCGCACGCCUACGCGAUCGGCAAGUGGUCGCUGGACGGGUGUCGCAUCGACAAGCAGAACCAGGCUAUCUUGAUCUCCGGGGAGUCCGGGGCGGGAAAAACGGAGGCGUGCAAGAUCCUGCUGGGGUUCUUCGCCGACUGCGCCGGGUCCAAGACCGGGGUGCAGGACCGCAUCAUGCAGUGCAACCCGAUCCUGGAGUCCAUGGGCAACGCGAAGACCUCCCGAAACAACAACUCCUCCCGGUUCGGGAAGUGGACGGCCCUGUACUUCGACGGAGCGGGCAACAUCGCGGGGGCCGCGGUGGUGGACUACCUGUUGGAAAAGUCGCGGGUGUUGGCGCAGAGCUCCCUGGAGCGCGACUUCCACAUCUUCUACAUGCUGAUCUACGGAGACCCGGGCAAGUACAAGGUGCCAACCGACCCCAAGAACUGCGGCUUUUUGAAGAGCGGGUCCCCCAAGGCCGACGGCUUCGACGACAAGGCCGAGUACCAGGAGGUGUUGCACGCGCUGAAGGAUUGUCUCAUGCCGGACGACCAAAAGGAGCAGUUUUUCAAGAUCAUGGCGGGGAUUUUGCUGCUCGGCAACAUCGUCUUCAAAGACGCGGGAAACGACACGUCCAAGUUCGCGAGCGGGGGCGCCGAGGCGGCCGCGGGGCUGGAGGUGGACCAGGGGAUCCUCGAAAAGGCGUGCGUUUCGAAGAAGCUCCAGGUCGGCAAGGAAAUUACGAUCAAGUCCCUGAAAGUAGUUGACUCGUCCAACUCUCGCGACGGUUUGGCCACCCUGAUCUACUCCCGGGUCUUCACCUGGAUGAUUGCCUACCUGAACAAGGUCAUUGCCGGGGACGCCGGCGCCAGCGGAAUCGAAAUCGGGUUGCUGGAUAUCGCCGGGUUUGAAUCCUUCCCCUUCAACACCUGGGAACAAAUCACGAUUAACCUGUCCAACGAAAACUUGCAGCAGGUACAACUCAAACGACCGUCAGAAAGAUUUCGAGUUAAUUAUGAAACAAUAAGCUUAGGAUUAGGUCUAGUGCUAGUCGCAGAAUACUCUGUCUUCUGCUUCCGACGACUUCGUUUUGUUUCAACUCUGCGACGAUAUCUUCAUGUUAGUUUUUCCAGCGUAUAAUGCCAUCUUUGAUGGCGGUCCUGCUUGGGUUGAGGUGUUACUUGAUGCACUGAUCGAUAUUAUUGGUCAUCUCAAAUUGAAAUUGUGCGCUCCUUCUGCAUAUUAAGCACUGAUUUGAAUUUGUCCACAAAAACCUUCUCACAGCACUUCAACGACUACAUUUUCAAGCGAGAGCUCCGGGAUUACAAGGCUGAGGGUGUCCCCUGCGAGGACAUCGUGUUCGCGGACAACCAGGAGAUUCUGGACACGAUUGCCGCCGCCAAAGAGUCGAUUAUGGCCAUUUGCGACGACGAGUCCAAGGGUAUGCCCAACGACAACGCGAAGGCAGACAAAAAAUUCAUCGACAAACUGAACAAGGUCAUGGCGGACAAGAAGAACAAAUGGUACACUCCGGACAAAUUUGGCAAGCCCGAAUUCACGCUGCUCCAUUACGCCGGCUACGUAAAAUACGACGUCGCGAAGUGGGUCAACGAGAAGAACAAGGACGAACCUCCGCCGGAAGCCGUGGACGUGCUGUCUACCACCAAGAACGCUUUACUGAAGGUCAUCGCCGACGGCUUAGCGGAAGAAGGAAAGAAACAGAAGGCCACGGUGUCGAAGCUCUUCCGCGACUCGCUGAAGGUCUUGAUGGAGAAGAUUCAGUCGGCCGAGCCACACUUCGUUCGGUACUCAUACUACAGAUUUAUGUGCUAUCAGUGCGUCUUUGUAAAAGUGAACUUUACGAUAAAUGCAGUUCGUGUACUUAAGUACAUCAUUUUUACGAGUGAGUGUGAGGUGUUCAUAUUACAUGUAUAGAAAUACAACAUUUGGGAGUAGGAUGUAAAUGUAAUUGUGCCGGCCCUGGACCUGGUAGGUCUAAAACUUCACAACUCAUGGUCAGCAAUGACCAUAACGCACGGCCGCGGUACGGGCCAAGCUGAGCAGUUUCACACGGCCAGACCAUGGUGUUGCUCGGAAGCAAAUUGAAACUUCACUAUUGAAACAACUACAGUUGCAUCAAGCCGAACGACGAGAAGAAGCCGAACAUUUUCACUAAGAAGAAGGUGUUGGAGCAGCUGAUCUACUCGGGUGUGAUGGAGCUGGUCAAGAUCCGUCGCCAGGGUUACCCCUACCGUGCGCCCCCAGAUGAUUUUUUGCGGAAGUACCGCUGCUGCCUCCCGGGGCCGCUGCGCGCCGCCGCGGAGAAGAAGGUGGGGAAGAAGCUGGCCGCCAAGAACGCAGAUCCGGCCAUCAUCAAGGAGAUCUUGGGCGGCAUGGCGGACGCCUUCGGGCACCCAGAACUGAAAAUUGAGUACCAGAUGGGGAAGACCAAGGUGAUGAUCCGCAUGAAGGGUCUGCAGCUGCUGGACGAGAAAGCCCGGUACGCGAAGAUCGCCAAGGCGAUCAUCAUCCAGAAGAUGUACCGCGGCUUCCGCAUCCGCAAGAAAAUGAAGCGCGCGCGCGAACUGAAGAAGCUGAUCAGUGCCUUCAUGAAGCAGUACCCGCUUUACACCGGCCCGAACACGUCCGCCAUGUCCUUGAUGAAGGAUGUGGCCACCAUGAAGAAGAACGUGGACCAGGCCAACGGGUGGGUUCGCGAGUGCGAGGGCAUCACGUUCGUGAAGGUGGCGGACGCGACCUUCCUGGGCGCGGUCAAGAAGCUGGAGAAGGAAUACGCAGUAUACAAGGACGCGGGGGAUCUGCGCAAGUCUUUCGACAUCAUGGCCCUGGAGAAGGCGGUGGGCGAGCUCACCGCACUGAAAAUUGAAGACGCAAUCAUCAAGGAAAUGAGUGAGCGCUUGAAAAAGCUGGUCACGCAGGUGCCCCUGAUGAACGGCAUGAAAGGGCUGAAGCUGCCCCUGAACCCCUCCGACCUGUCCUCCUGCAAACGCGCCAAACUCAUUGUUGAAACGGUACUUACUUAAGUAUUUUUACACAUACUACAUGCUACUGAACUUCGAUAUUUUGAUAACGAAUACGAUUUCAAUUUUGCAUGCAUCCACGGUCCACCUUGAAGGGGUUGGGGUUCUACUUCUACUAUCGUCCACCUCUCCUCGAUCGGUCUUCGUAUAUAUGAUUAAAAACAACAGCUGGAGAAGAACGGAUUGGACAAGGACCAGGGCAAGUGGCUGGACGAGAACGCCUUCGAACACGCUGCUCGGGUCGUGAAGGAGUGGAACAACGUGAAGGGCAAGGUGGACAUGGCGGCACUGGAUAAGCUGGACGAGAAGAGCGAGCAGCAGAAGAUCGAUGAGAUUCGCAAGAAGCUGGAGGCGGCCAAGGCCUCGGGCAACGCGAAGGAGGUGGAGGCUUUGACGGAGGAACUGAAAAAACUUUUGUCCGCGGGACGCAAGAUGACGGUGGUGAAGGAGAUUGACCCGAAGUUCUUGGACGCUCUGAACGAGGCCGUGGCGACGUAUGACUUCGGGGAAAUUGAAAAACACAUCAAGGAGUGCCUGGAGAACGGCGUGUCGCCUGAGGACAUCGCGGAACAGCGCGACGUGAUGAACAAGUUGCGCGAUCCGGAUUUCGUGGCCGCGAAGUUGGGGGCCUCCGUCAAGGCGUUGAAGGCGGAGAAGGACGAGAAGAAGAAGCUGAAACUGAUCACGGCGUGCACCAAUUUGAUGCGGGCGGGCAAGGACGCAGGCUGCGACCAGGAGCUGUUGGACGUGUCCGACAAAGCGGUGAAAGCCGCCACCCGGGGCGGAAACAUGGCCGGGGACGAAGCACAAAUGCAACUCAUCAACCUGUACGGAGACUUCUCGAAGUUCGAGAACAUCAACCCGGCUGUGGUCAAACCUGUGUACACGGAUGACGGCACCAAAGUCAUGCCCAUGGAACCCAAUGGCACGCUCUCCUGGUCCAAGCACAAACUCAACGGCACCUUGACGAAGGUAUCUACUACUAGUUCUUUCGCGGAGGUGAUGAAAAUAUGCAGGAGCAUAUUGAAGUCUACAUCCACCGCUAUAUGGUUCAUCUUCAUCCAUUGCGUAGAGUUCUUUGAGUCUGUGCAUAGCACCAGCAGCUGCAAUAGUAUGUAGUGAGGUCACCGAACGGUUCUAACCGGGGAGUUUUUUUGCCACCCAGCCAGCAAAACGACCGGCAGUUUUCAAGCGGCCGAAAGCGUUUUUUGACAUAAAAAAAUUUCAAUUAUCAAGCGGGCGGGGCUUUGAUAUCAAACAAGCCCGGUCGAAAACUAUCGACUCGCACUUGAUAAAACGACGCAGGGGAGCCGGCAAAAGGGGCGCCCUUCUGCGGAGCCCACCGCCUUAGUUUCUGGCGAUUUGGGGCGCCCAAAAAGAGGCGCGCAAAAAACGCGCCCAAAAUCAGAACAGCGCAACAGCAUGGCACGGCCGCGAUUUCGAAGCAUUUUGGGCGGCCGCGAAAGCGGCCGUCUUUUCGCCGGUUUCAGAGCCUGGGGAGCUUUGCAAAAAGCGCCGGCGUGAAAAUAAAAACGCAAAAGAGAAAAAGCGCGCCAGACGCGCAAAGCCAACCCGCAUGCUACGGGCCCGAUUUUUCUUCGCUUUUUGGGCGCCCCCCGUGGCGCCCGGAUCGGCCCCAUAGCAUGGGGGCUCGCUUUCGGAAAGGAAUUUUGGAAAUGUGCCAAAAUUUGUGACGUUUCUCAAGUGACCGCCAUACCGUGCGGCAUAACGUUACUCACGGCGGUAUGGCGAGCCCAGAAAAAGCAAAGCCGCGGCCAAGGCGGCGGUCGGAAAAAAAACGCCCACGACCUCACUACCCCCGCCCCGGCGGCUAUAUUUGGUAUGUACGCACGUUAUCGGAAAGCGCGGCAUCUCUGUGUCGGUCCUUACUCAUGAUGUAAAUGCACACGACUUUUUUUGGUCGUUGUGCUGGUUGUGCUCGAAACGCAAAUUUCUAGGGCCAUGUAAAAUUGUCCUCGGUGGCAGCGAACCAUACAUGGGGCACCCGAUCGGACGGGUAGGGAUAAAAUUAAAAAAGAAAAACAUAUAUUUUCAUGAAAAUUUCAAACUGAAACACAGAUCGACAACCAGAAGCAAGCUACCACCGCUCUGUCCGCGUACCGCAACAUUCUCGGUUGGAUGACGGACCACCCGGUCGACGAGAAGCGGCGCGCGCCGCUGGCGUACGCGAUCGUGUGGAAGGCCCGCGACCAGCGCGAGGAGCUGUGCACCGAGAUGUACGCGCAGGUGAUGAAGCAGAUCAACAACAACCCGGGGCAGCGGUCCCGGCUGCUGGGGUGGAAGUUGAUGGUGUUCAUGUGCAAGCUGGCGCAACCGAUUCCGAAUUUCAAGAACUACAUCGACGCGUUCCUCGUGCGCUACGAACUGGAGUACCGCGGGCUGGACGAUGACCACUCCCGCGAGAUCUUCAACGUGGUGAAGCAGUGCAAGGACUGCCUCCAGAACUGGGGCAAGUCCGGGGAGGAGGAGGAGGAGGCCGCCCCGGCGGGCGACGCGGAGAUGAAGGUCGAGGUGUACACCUGUGACAGCUUCGACAUGAUUGCGGAGAAAGAGGUGCGGAAACCGCAGAUCAUCAAAAUGCAGGCCAAGGACACCAUGAAGCAGCUGAACAAGAAGGCGAUCUCCGCCUUUUCCCUGUCCACCGACGUGGAGCACUUCCAGGUGUUCCGCGUGGACAUGGACGAGCCGGCCCCGGACGAGGCCAGCGUCGGGAAGGUGUGCAAGAAGAACAAGAUGGUCUUGAAAAAACGGAUGCUGCGCCCCAAGGAGAAGAUUCAGUCCGCGGACAUGGCCUUCUCGGACAUGAUCGUCGGCCAGGCCGUGGCGGAGUUCUACUACUAUGCGGUCCCGGAGGACGAGUCGCGCAUCGCCAAGGUGGGCGCGGGCAACGCGUUCUUCUGGCGCGGGGACAGCGGCGUCCCGGUCAUCGACGAAAAGACCAUCGAGUCCCUGGUGCCGAAGAAGUGCAUCAAGGCCAAGAGCAAGGACGAGUGGGUGAAAUUGGUGCAGAAGGCCUACGAGAGCGACUGGAAGAAGGAGGAGGAGAAGCCGAAACUGGAGCGCAUGUCCCGCGUGCUGAAGGCGCACCAGAAUUUAAAAGCCUUUGCCUCGCGCCAGUUUCCCUGCGUGCAGAAAGUGGGCAGCAAGCCGGAGGGGCUGGAGGGGGUGUCCCAGAUCCGCGUGGAGACCAUCACGGAUUUGGGUGCGGCGUCCAUGUUGAUGGCGGUCACCUGCACGGAUGUUACGCUUUUCGACAGCAAGGACGGAAAAGAGCUGGCGAAGUUCGGGUACGGGGACUCGCACCGACACAAGAUUCGCGCGUGGGCGGCGGUCAAGAACCGGGUCUCGCUGGCCAUGAACAUCCCGCAGGGGGAUGUGUACAUGGUGUUGGAAAGUGAGAAGGCGGACGAAAUCGUCAAGUUCCUCGACCGAGCCG